AUGACCUUGGAUCAGGUGAGGAUCACCUGGGAUCGGUUGAAUGCUGCCCAAGAUCAACAGAAGAGUUACGCCAAUGUGUGUGAGAAGGAUUUGGAAAUUGAAGUAGGAGUUUGGGUAUUCUUAAAGUUAUCUCCUUGGAAGGGAGUAGUAUGCUUUGGUCGACGAGGUAAGUUGAGUCCUCGUUAUAUUGAGCCUUACGAGAUUAUGGAGAGGAUUGGCCCUGUGGCAUAUAGAUUAGCAUUACUAGAAGAGAUAGCCCGAGUGCACAACGUAUUUCAUAUUUCGAUGCUACGAAAAUAUAUUGUAGACCUAUCACACUUACUCGAGACUCCUAACAUCAAGUUGAGGGAAGAUCUAUCAUACGUGGAGCAGCCAGUGUAG